GUUAGAAUUGUGCCAUCAUGACGAACUUAUACCCGGCACCCUCAAAAUGUCAAAGCUACUCCGUUUCUUCCCUCAGAACCCUCUUGAAGAUUUAUCAUGUUGGCCGCUCGAAAACUCCCCUUGACCUCUACAUGCUUAGCAAUGAGAUUCUCCAGCACAUCAGCUAAUCCCGAUAGAUUCAAAGUCGUCGUGGUCGGCGCAGGCAGUGGUGGACUCUCUGUUGCAAAUCAAAUAUAUCAUCGAUUCCGAGCUGCUGGAAAGUCUCUGAACCAUGAAGAUAUCGCUGUUCUAGAUUCUGCAGAGUUUCAUUACUACCAACCAGGAUGGACCCUCGUCGGCUCUGGGCUACGCGCAAAGACCGAUACCCGCCGCCCGUUGGCUUCUAUCAUACCCAAGCACAUCAGCUACAUUUCCGAAAACGUGAAGACAUUCGUUCCCGACAAGUCUACUGUUAUCACCACUUCCGGGCGAUCCAUUUCGUAUGAUACCCUCGUCGUCGCCAGCGGCCUUCAAACCAACUGGAGCUCGAUCCCUGGCCUCAAGGAGGCCUUGUUAGACUCGUCAUCUGGAGUUUCUUCCAUUUACUCUUACGAUACCUGCGAUAAAGUCUGGAAUGAUAUCGAGAGUCUAAGGUCUGGAAACGCAUUAUUCACCCAGCCAGCUGGUGUUGUAAAGUGUGCAGGUGCACCUCAAAAGAUUAUGUGGAUGGCAUGGGACCGAUUCCAGAAAACAUCUCGUGGUCCCAACAUCAAAGUCGACUUCUACACCGGAAUGCCUACCAUGUUUAGUGUCAAGAAAUACUCGGAAGUUCUCGACGGCAUACGUAUUAAGCGUGAUGUUGGUGGACAUUUCAAACACAACUUGGUAAAGGUAGAUUCGCCAAACCACAAGGCCACAUUCAAGAAAGAAGAUGGGAGUACCGUCGACGUUGACUACACUACACUGCAUGUAACGCCGCCGAUGGGGCCUCUAGACUUUAUGAAGGAUUCACCCAUCGUUGACAGCGCUGGCUGGGUUCAAGUUGACCAGGGUACCAUGCAACAUGUCAAACCCGAAUUCAGCAAUAUCUUCGCAUUGGGUGAUUGCUCAUCGCUCCCAACGUCUAAAACCGCUGCUGCGAUCACUGCCCAGGCACCUAUUCUAACAGAGAACCUGUUUACAUUAAUGGAUACCGGGAAAGUAGCGAAUGCAAAGUACGACGGGUACACAAGCUGCCCGCUCCUUACGGGGUAUGGUCAAUUAUUACUUGCUGAAUUCAAAUACGGGCUGGAGCCGAAAGAAACGUUCCCCUGGAUGAAUCAAUCACAUCCGAACCGAUUCUUCUAUCAUCUCAAAAAGGAUGUGUUCAUGCCAGCGUACUGGAACUUCAUGGUCAAAGGGAAAUGGUUCGGGAGUCAUACCUUAUUCCGACCCAAGCUCUCGUGAAAUUUCACAAAUCAGUACGAAGAAUUGAAGGUGUAUAUGUAGCCAGACCAUGUAUAUAAGAAUAUAAUUGGUGACUUGGUCGCGA